UCUUUUUGGAAUAUACACACAUUACAUUCUAUUUCACAAUAUUUCAUGGUAUGAGAGCAUAAAAUUCUAUGACCUAAUUUUUUUUCUCUUCACUACGCCACCAUUGCAGCCGUAGUUGUUCUUUGCAACAGGUUGCUAUGUUCUUUUCUUCUUCUACAAACACUAACUAUUCUUCUACCCUUACUACUACUACUACUACACAACUAUGUCAGAACAACAGCCUCCUGCUUUGCUUACCAGCCCGGCCGCAGCCACAACCUCGACGGCCUCUCCCUAUCUUCUGAACGCAUCUGACAAUCCCGAUGCUGAUCUCCUCUGUUGUUUUAAAGGAGAACAACUAUGCUGAAUGGACUGUGGAAUUCCGCAAUUCUAUUCAAGCUAAACAAAAGCUUGGCUUCCUUGAUGGUUCCAUCCCUAAGCCGUCUGCAGAUCCAGAGUUAGGUUUGUGGCUUUCUACAAACUCUAUGAUCGUCGGUUGGAUCCGAACCUCCAUUGAUCCGCCAAUCCGCUCUACUGUUUCUUUUGUCUCUGACGCAUCCCAACUUUUGGAGAGUCUUUGUCGGUAUUUCUCCAUAGGAAACGGUGUUCGUAAGACCCUUUUAAAGGAUGAGAUUUCUGCUUGUACUCAAGACGGCCAACCGGUUCUUACUUACUACGGACGUCUAUCUAAACUUUGGGAAGAACUACAGAACUACAAGACUAGUCGUACAUGUUCUUGUGCGGCUGGCGCGAACAUCGAAAAAGAACGUGAGGAUGAUCGUGUGCACAAGUUUCUGCUUGGCCUCCAUUCGUUCUUCUAUUACCGAUGUCAAACCGCUCCCGGAUCUCUACCAAGUCUACUCCCGUGUGAUUCAUGAGGAACAGAACCUCAAUGCAUCUCGCUCUAAGGAUCUUGUGAAGACGGAUGCAGUCAGUUUUUCGGUACAAUCAAGUGUAUCACCUCGUGUUACACUUCCCAAUACAUCACUUUCUCGCGACCGUUCUACUCUACUAUGUACUCACUACCAUCACAAAGGUCAUGAACUCACCGAAUGUUUUUUGGUUCAUGGAUAUCCUGAUUGGUGGUUAGAGCAAAAUCGCCAAGAUAACCAAUCUUCGUUGCGUGGCCGAGGCUCUCAUCGUGGUGGCAAUACCAAUCAGGGCGGGGGUCGUGGUUUGUCCCGUGGACGUGGUCGCGUCAACACCGCUCACGUCUCCACUACCAGUCUUUCUACGAAUUGCAAUGAUCAGAUAUCUCAGCUCAUCUCUCUUCUGCAAGCUCAACGUCCCAACACUUCCUCUGAACGAUUGUCGGGACGUUUUUGAAGGAUUUUGAUUGGGGCGGGGGAAGUGAUGUUCAUAUAUUUUAUCCUGUUUUCCAAUAAUAUAUUCACAUCUUUUGCAUUCUUUGCUAUAAUUUUUGAC